UGUGCGGUAAACAGCGGAACGAGCGGCGAGCGGCUGCGGAUUGAUGCCGACUCCAGCGCGCGUCAGGAGGCGACAUGUGUCCAUAGAACCUCUGGUCCUCCUCCACCUCCACCCCCACCCCGCGGCACUGAUGAAGCCUCCUCUGCCGGAGGAACAGCGGGCCGAAGGGCGGAUAGAGGAGAGAGAGGAUGUACUGGCGCGUCGGCUUCGCCUGGAGCCGCUCCUGCGCGCUUGAGCUGGGCCUGAACAAGAGCUUCUCGCUCGGCUUGAGCGGCUCCGAGGAGCAUCUGUCGCUGUAUGGGUACAUCAUUGCCUACCCGCUGCAGGAGUACGGAGGGAUCAUGUCUGCUUUAGGAUUUGACUCCUGGUGGAGAAAAACGCUGUACAUCACCGGGGGCGCGCUGCUCGCCGCCGCUGCCUAUUUACUACACGAGCUGCUUGUCAUUAGGAAGGAACAGGAGUUGGACUCUGAAGAUGCCAUCAUUCUGCAUCAGUUUGCCCGGCCCAAAACUGGAGCCCCUAGCCUGUCCCCCUUUUGCCUGAAGAUAGAAACGUACCUGCGGAUGGCGGACCUUUCCUACCAGAACUAUUUUGAUGGGAAGUUGUCUCCUCAAGGGAAGAUGCCGUGGAUUGCGUAUAAUAAGGAGCAGGUGUUCGGGACAGAGUUCAUCAUCGACUUCCUGGAGGAGAAGCUCGGCGUGAACCUCAACUCCAGCCUGAGUCCUCAGGAGAAAGCCAUCUCACGCGCCAUCAUUAAGAUGGUGGAGGAGCACUUCUACUGGACGAUAGCAUACUGUCAAUGGGUGGACAAUGUGGAGGAGACGCAGAAGAUGUUAGCCACAAACGGGCCGCUGAGUGACCUGCUCAGUUGGAUCUUGAGUCAGGUGACCGGCAGCAUUGUGAAGAGAGAGAUGUAUGGCCACGGGAUCGGACGCUUCUCCAAAGAGGAGGUUUAUUCUCUGAUGGAGAAAGACAUGCGCACUCUUGCCACAUUCCUUGGCAAUAAAAAGUAUCUAAUGGGCCCGAAGCUCUCCACAGUAGACGCUGCUGUAUUUGGUCAUCUGGCUCAGGCUAUGUGGACUCUCCCAGGAACGCGUCCGGAGCAGUUAAUCAAAGGUGAGUUCAUCAAUCUGGCCAUGUACUGUGAGCGAAUCCGCCGGAAAUUCUGGCCAGAGUGGUUUGUAGACGUCGACGACCUUUACUACGACGGACUGAGCGAGGAGCCGGAUUCUCCAUCCCAGCUUCCGGAUUUGGGUCUGUACUCGCGCAGCGGCAGCUUCCAGGAACAGGAAAACUCUCUAUCGCACCACGACACGCCGUCACCAGACAGCGACGCCACCGGACACUCUCUGUUUGACUCGGACAUGGACACCGAAUGCUCGGACAUGGAACAGUUGAAGUGAAAACCACACCUCCUUGAUGAGGCAUCUGCACGGGCCCCGCCCCCUUUGUUCUCCUACAAGCCUUUUAGCAGGAGAAGGGCUGGUCAAAUAAAGAUGUGGUGAAGUGGCAGUGGUUUCCCAGACUCUGCGUAAGGGAUGGCAAUAAAGCAGAUGGGAAAGGUAUUCUGACACUUUUUAAUUAAUGAGAAAGAGGAUUUUAUUGAAUGAGGGAAGGCCAGUCUAUAGAGAAUCCAGGAAGAAAACAGAAUAAAAGAGUGAGAAUGACGCUACAGCUGAAUCACUCGUCCUGCGGUGUGACAUCAUCACUGCGCUUGAAAUCAGCAGCAUGACAUCAUCUCAUGUGACCACUCCCCAUUCACCGAAUGUGUUUGUAGCUAAAAAGCACUUCUUACAUCCUGGGGUUUAUUAGUAUAUGGGUGGACAGACAGAAAGAAGGUUUUUGGGUGAUUAUUGAAAUGUGUAGAUAUGUGACUGAUGAAGACGGAAUCAUUUCUAAUCUAAAAUUCAUGUCCAGUUUUAUUCAGUCGAAUCUACAAAGCUAAAAACGGAAAAUGCAGAGCGAGAAAGCUGAAUUUCCUCAAACCACUGCAGCAUAGUAGAAUUCCCAAAUUGAUGAUCUUGCCAUUUUGAUUUUUUAUGGCCAAUUAUGCAAUGCAUUAAUGAAUAAUUCACCCAAAAAUGAAAAUUCUGUAAUUUAAUCAUCCUUAUAUCAUCUCUAGUUUAUAUGACUUACUUUAUUCUGACAACGGAUACAUUUUAAACAGUUUAUGAUUUUUAUAGAUUUUUUUCAAACAAUAAAAGCAUACAGUGACCAGAGUCUGUGAAGAUAUAAAAAAAAACAUUAUAUAUAUAUAAUUUUUUGGAGUAUCAUAUUUGAUACAUCGGGCAUUUAUGGUUUCAUGGUUCAUAUAAUAUGAUAUACGAGCAUGUGGAGAUCAUACUAAAUUUUCUCUAGGCAUAACAGACUAUUUACAUAAAAUGCAUAUAAAUAUCAGUUGUCGCUCAAGCUGGAUGUAUCAUAUUUGAUACUCACAUUUUAAAAGUUAAAGUUAUUUUUAUACUUACAAAAAGACGUGAACCACAACAUUUUGGGAAGAUAAUAAAAGGCCUAUUACUUUCUAAAAAAAUAUAAAUUAUGGAUUUUUCGAAAGAAAAUUGAGCAUGUUGAUAAUCUAAACGCAUAUUUAACAUCAGUCAUAUCUCAUGUCUCAUCACUACUCCCUGCAUAUUUGAAUAUUGACAAAUUACAACACUAUUGAAACAAUUACUACAUUAGAUUUUGGCUGAAUUAUUCAUAUAGGCACAAAUAUUGUUAAUAUAUUAUUAUAAAAUGACAAAUAUGGCCAAUUAUUUGUUUCUGUUUCAAAGCCUCUUUUCAGUAACAAGAUUCAGAUUCUGAUUGCAGCCGCACUAUUUAAAUCUAUAUAAAGAGAGAGACUAAUAUGUGUGUGCAGAUGUUACAUGUGCUAAAAAUAUGACUUGUGUUUGUCCAGCAGCAAACAUUUUAGAUAGGGAUCUGUGAUUGUGCAAGAGCGCCUCCUGUGGGCAGCAUCAUGACAGAAAACACUGGAGCAGAAUAGAACAAAAUACCCUGCUAAAUGCAGCCAUUACAGGAGACAGACAGCUGAUGUGUGUCCAUAUGAGUCAUCGUCACACAUGAACACACUCGCAGAAAUGAUCUCCCAGGGGCUGAUGCGCAAUGAAUGAGACUUAUGUUUUUUUCUGUUCCAUAAUGAGUUAAAAUCUGUAUUUUGCAGUGCCAUACAAACUUCCUUCCUGUUGCCGCAAAUGCCCUUUUAAUAUCUUGAACAUAAUCCUGCAUUAAGAUGCCGUCUAUGUAGAGCACUUCCUAGAAAAAAAUGGGAAGUGUCUUGCCAUUUUUACGCCCUUUAAAUGCAAAUGUACUUAUUUGAUGUUUGUUUAAAUGCAACGUUAUUAAUAAAUGUGUAGGAAAAAACGGUUUAUUAAACAUCAGAUUAAUUAACUGGUGCUUUGUUAGAAAUAAAAGGUUUGCAUGCCAGUAAUUAUUUAAAUAUACCAAAGACUUAAAGCAACAGUUCACCCAAAAAUAAAAAAUUGCUGUGAAUGGGUGCCGUCAGAUAAAACAUCACAAUAACCCACGAGUAAUCUACACCACUCCAGUCCAUCAGGUAAUAUUUUGUGAAGAUGGAGAAAACAAUAUUGUGGAUAGAGGACUCAUAUUUAACCCGAAGCAACAGUAUAAAGUUAAAAAUGUCUUAAAGAUAAGCAUGUUUGUUACAGACGUGCAGCUUUUCACUUUACAAGAUGUUAAUUGAUUGACUGGAGUGGUGUGGAUUACUUUUGGAUUAUUGUGAUGUUUUUAUCAGCUGUUUGGACUCUCAUUCUGACGGCACCCAUCCACUACAGAGGAGCCAAUGGUGAGCAAGUGAUGUAAUGCUACAUUUUUCCAGAUCUGUUCUGAUUAACAAACAAACUCAUCUACAUCUUAGAUGGCCUCAGGGUGAAUACAUUUCACACAAAUUGUAAUUUUUGGGUGAACAUUUCCUUUAAAGUACUAAAAUUGGCAGCCAGUCUGAGUAGCAUCAUAUUCGUUCUGAAGAUGUUUGUUUGCAUUGUUCUUGAUUUAAGACGUGCCUGAUUUAAAAAAGAAAAAGAAAAAAAAAUUAUAUAUAUGUUUGUUUGAUUAUUUAUAUAUUUUUUAAAUCUUUUUUUCUGUAUGUACUAUGUGUUAUUCCUGGACUACUUGACCUUUUUUAAUUUUCACUUGUGAUUUAAUUUAUAUUUGAAAGUAUUGCAAAAUAUUAUUUAUUGACUUUUAAUGAGUUUGAUAUGUUUUCAUAUCUGUAGUUGUGUUUUAGUUAACUCUGAGAGCUGUACGUUUUACGCGCUGUUUGUUUGAUUAUAUUGAAUGAAUUUCAGAUGAUGCUCACCAGGCCAGAAUUCAUGGCUUGUCUUCAAAAACUCACUACAAGCGUUACAGACUAUUGCAAAUGAAUUUUUUAUGGUUCCUUGUUGAGCCUUAGUUUCUAGCUACUUUUAUCAUCCAUACAUGACAAUCUUGUAGUUAUUUUCCUCCCAAGACAUACAGCCAAACUCAUAUACCAAAAGUGAUGGAGAUAUGGCAACCCAAAGUUGGAAUAAUGUUGGAAGGGCAAUACUAAAAGUGCACAAUCUCUGUUUCCUUACAAGUGUGCCGAUUUUAGAGCUGUAUUACAGAGUCUGUGUUGUGUGUAUCAUGACCCUGUUGGAUUUAUGGAUUUAUUAUGGGCUGCACAUAAUAAUGGGGAGGGAAGGGUUGUGUACAUGAACUAAUGAUCACCGUAACAUAAAUGAACCAAAAUUGUCUAGAGAAUGUGUUAAAGAUAAUAAAAAUAAUUCAUGAAAUAUAGCUGUAUUAAAUUAACCGAU